ACUCCAGGAUUAUUGACGAUGUUGCUUCUGAUUCCAUCUGACAGAGACUCCAAAAGUCUCACUGGAUAUGAAGUAUUGGAUGAGUAGGCACCUCUUCUGAGUGCAUCUUUUCAAGCUGUUCAGACACCAGCGGAAUCCAGGUUUGUUUUUGGACAACGCUCUUUUUCUAAUUGUGCCGUUUUUGCUUCCCGCUGACUGGUCACCUCUUGGACUGGGCACUUUCUGGGUCUGGUGUCAGCUCAGAGGAGUACCUGCUGGAGAGGAAACAGGCUUGAUAAGCUGUAGUUGAACUUCAGCAUAAGCCAGACAGUCCAAGGAUUUGCUACAGGUGCUACAUCAUUUGGACCGUGCUGGGGGAAGAUCUCUCCGGGCCUGCCCUCCCAGCUUCUGUGCGCCCCCAGCAGCAUGUCCCAGGCUCUGAGGCUGCCUCUAGUCCUCCACACAGCACACUACCAUGAUCCUAUGGGCUGCUGGAGGGACUAAGGCUGCCUCUGCCUCGUCCUGCUCCCGGGCUGGGUCGGGGGCUCACUCCUGGUUUUGGUCCUCUCUGUCUGUGCCUUUCCUGCUUGCCCUGGUCCUGCUCACCCUCUCUGUACCUGGGGCAGCCUGCCGUCAGCCCUGCAGAGACCGACUCUCGAACCUGCGAACUUUCCGUCUGCCCCUCAACAUUUCCGAGACAGUGGUUUGGUCUAGACAAGGACGGACGGCAGGGUCGCAGGGCAGGCAUGUGCGCAGUUACAAUCACCUUCAAGGGGACAAACGGAAGAGGAAGCUGUUCUCCUUCCAGAAGUUUUUCCUGAGAAUCGACACAAAUGGAAAUGUCAAUGGGACCAAGAGCAAGGAUGACCCACUCAGUAUUCUGGAAAUCACCUCCGUGGACGUGGGAGUGGUGGCCAUCAAAGGGCUGAACAGCAACUACUAUCUGGCUAUCAGCAGGGAAGGAGAGCUGUACGGAGCAAGGGAGUUUGGGAUCGACUGCACCCUGAAAGAGCGAAUUGAGGAGAACGGCUACAACACGUACGCAUCAGCCGAGUGGAAGAACAAGAAGCGGCAGAUGUUUGUGGGUCUGAAUGUCCACGGAAAGCCGCUGCGAGGGAGGAAGACCCGCCGGCGGAACACGGCCACGCAUUUCCUCCCGUUCCUCGUGUAGCAUCAGACCCCCACAUUGAACAUCUGGAAGAGUAUGGCACGAGAAACUCUCACAUUCUGACUGACUGGUGGAAUCUGUGGCACAGGAUCUGGAUAGUGUGCCAAACUGUUGAAGAUGACACAGACUGAUGGAGCUGCAGAUGACAGGAGGCAACAUGAGACUAAUAGCGCUGACAUUUAGAGCAAAUGUUUGAUCCUUAACCACUGAGUUUUGUUUGUAUUGUAUUGAUUUAUUUAUUUUUGUGAGAUAUUUAA